AUAAGAAGGACAAGAGAGGGCACCACCCCACACCUUGAGUUUACAGAGCCCUUUAGCUUCACAUGAAGACGUGCCCACCACAAGUGAUAAGUCAGGACAAGAGAGGGUACCACCCCACACCUUGAGUACACAGAGCGGUCAAGCUUCAUGUGAAGAGGUGCCUACCACAAGUGAUAAGCAAGGACAAGAGAGGGUACCACCCCACACCUUGAGUACACAGAGCGGUCAAGCUUCAUGUGAAGAGGUGCCUACCACAAGUGAUAAGCCGGGACAAGAGAAGGCACCAUCCCACACCUUGAUUUUACAGAGCCCUCCAGCUUCAUGUGAAGAGGUGCCUACCACUAGUGAUAAGCAAGGACAAGAGAGGGCACCACCCCACACCUUGAGUUUACAGAGCCCUUUAGCUUCACAUGAAGACGUGCCCACCACAAGUGAUAAGUCAGGACAAGAGAGGGCACCACCCCACACCUUGAGUUUACAGAGCCCUUUAGCUUCACAUGAAGACGUGCCCACCACAAGUGAUAAGUCAGGACAAGAGAGGGCACCACCCCAUACUUUGAGUACACAGAGCGGUCCAGCUUCAUGUGAAGUGGUGCCUUUCACAAGUGAUAAGCCGGGACAAGAGAGGGUACCACCACACACCUUGAGUUUUCAGAGUGGUCAAGCUUCAUGUGAAGAGGUGCCUACCACAAGUGAUAAGCCGGGACAAGAGAAGGCACCAUCCCACACCUUGAUUUUACAGAGCCCUCCAGCUUCAUGUGAAGAGGUGCCUACCACAAGUGAUAAGCUGGGACAGGAGAGGGCACCACCCCACACCUUGAGUACACAGAGCGGUCCAGCUUCAUGUGAAGAGGAGCCUACCACUAGUGAUAAGCAAGGACAAGAGAGGGCACCACCCCACACCUUGAGUACACAGAGUGGUCCAGCUUUAUUUGAAGAGAUGCCUUCCACUAGUGAUAAGCAAGGACAAGAGAGGGCACCGCCCCACACCUUGAGUUUACAGAGCCCUCCAGCUUCAUGUGAAGAGGUGCCUUCCACAAGUGAUAAGCCGGGACAAGAAAGGGUACCACCCCACACCUUGAUUUUACAGAGCCCUCCAGCUUCAUGUGAAGAGGUGCCUACCACAAGUGAUAAGUCAGGACAAGUGAGGGCACCACCCCACACCUUGAGUUUACAGAGCCCUCCAGCUUCAUGUGAAGGGGUGCCUACCACAAGUGAUAAGCCGGGACAAGAGAGGGUACCACCCCACACCUUGAUUUUACAGAGCCCUCCAGCUUCAUGUGAAGAGGUGCCUACCACAAGUGAUAAGUCAGGACAGGAGAGGGUACCACCCCAUGCCUUGAAUUUACAAAGCCCUCCAGCUUCAUGUGAAGACACUACCAUUACUGGUGAACAGUCCCCAGAGUCUUCAUUACCAACUUCAUCUACCCUCUCUGCUAGAGAUGAAAAGUUACUUAAAGACCUCAUGGAAUAUGUCAAUUUUAGCAGUGAUGAGGAUGAUGAUUGGAUUGAUGAAAUGGAAUUGGAUUCAGAGUUUAUUCCUUCAGAGUCAGAGGAAGAAGAGAGUACUUCUGAUGAGGAUAUAUCAUCCUCCACGUGUGUUAAAGGUGUUAAAAGAAAGAGUUAUGAAGAUGAUGUGCUUAUUUCAUCUACAACAAAUAAGGGCAUUGACAAGGAUCUUGUAGAGAAUUCUGACAGUGACGUGUCUGAAGAGAUCCCUUACCUUCCACCAUUAGGUCCAUUAUGUAACCCACAGUCCAAUGAAAAUGAUGCAUCUUCUUCAGAGUCUGAUAGUGACAUAGACAUUGUUGAGGAGGAAAUUAUCAGAGAUAUUACUUAUCCCUCAAUCUUUAUUAGAAAAAUCAUCUCUUCAAAAACAACAAAGUCUGGAAAAUUUAAAAAAUCUGACCGUGUUUACAAUACUAGACACUUCUGCCCAUUUUGUUACAAGUCAGUAUCAAAUUUCAUACAACAUUUGAAUUCAAAAGCACAUAGCAAGGAGACAGAAGUUGUUAAUCUCAAAGCCCUAGUUGGUAAAGAACGCCAGAAGAACAUCUCAAUGUUGAGAAAUAAAGGUGACCAUCUGCAAAAUGAAAAAACAAUAUCAAAGAAACGAGGGGAGAUGGUACUUGCAAGAAGAAUAGGAUCGAAUGAAAAUUUCAACAGUUUGAACUAUGGCCCAUGUCCCUUAUGCUUAGAGUGGCUUAAGUUGGAUACUUUAUACAGACACCAAAAUAAAUGUUGUGCCUUAUCAGCUGAUUCCAGCUCCUUUACCUCCAAGGGUAAUAUAAUGGUGCAGAGUGCAAUGAUUGCUGGAAGACUUAAAGAAAAAGCUUCUAAGGCACUUGUCAAUGAAGUAUUCCCAAUCAUGCAGGAGGAUAAGAUUGGACAGGUAGCGAAAAAUGACAAUCUGAUUUUAGCUUUAGGAAAUCACUGGCACAAGAGAAAUAUUGGCAAUAAACUAAUGAGGAAACAUUAUGUAUCGGCUGUUAUGAGACUAACAAGUCGCCUUCUGAUUGAAACCAGAAAAAUUACACAAUCAGAGCAAAGAUUGGAGUAUUACCUUCAACCGAGAUAUUUUGCCGAGGUGGCACAUGCAGCGUUAAAAGUAGCGAAACAGGAUGAUGACAAUGAUGAAAAUUUACAGGCCCCUUCAAAUGCAAUCAAAAUUGGUUACCAUUUGAAGAGAUUAUGUAAUUUGAAACUGGGCUUAGCAAUUAGACAGGGAAAUGAUGACCAAAGAAGAGCAUCUAAAAACUUCUUGAAGCUUAUGGAGUUAGAAUGGUGUUCAAAACUUGCUAGAGUCAAUCUCGAAGAAAGAAGAAGAAAUAAGAAAGUUGAGCUUCCUCUACCUUCAGAUGUGAAAAAGCUUUCGGAUUACUUGAAGACAGAACUAGAAUCAUUCGACAAAGGAAACCUCACUUACGAGAAUUUCAAAAAGGGGUCGACACUGACUGAGGCAGUACUCAUCACCUAUAACCGGCGGCGUCCAGGGGAAAUUCAAGCAAUGAGGUUGGUGGAUUACCACAACAGGAAGACUGGAAUAGAUCCAGGUGUUGGAGGAGAAAUAGUGAAAUCACUGUCAGAAUUUGAAAGAAAACUUGUAGAAGAACAAGAUGUGAUUGAAAUAAGGGGAAAGUGUGGAAAAUGUGUACCAGUGAUCAUUCCAAAGUAUGUACGUGGAGUUCUGGCACAUCUAUGUAAUCAAAGUGUAAGAGCAGCUGCAGGAAUACCAAGCUCAAGUGUCUAUAUCUUUGCAACAAACAGGGCAGGUGUUGUUAGGGGAUAUGAUUCUGUACAAUUUGUGACGCAGAAUGCUGAUCUUCAAUUUCCAGAACGCAUAAGAGGAACAAACAUGAGACGUCUCAUGGCAACAUUAUGUCAGGCCUUGGAUGUGACACCUCAACAGCAAAAGUGGAUCAUCGAUCACAUGGGCCAUACUUUAGAUGUGCACAACAUUCACUAUAGAUGUACAUCAGAUAUCAUAGAGAGAUCAGAUAUUGCAAAAUUAUUAAUGCUUAUGGACAGGAAGCAGGUUGGAUACUUUAAAAACAAAAGGUUGGAAGAAAUAAGCUUGGAAGAAUUAAUUGAAGAACCAGAUGAAGCAAAUGACACUGUUGAUGAGAAUGAUGACAGAUUCUUGAACACAGAUGACGGUGAAAGGCAGGAAGAAGAAGAAUUCAUCCCAAACCUGUUGGAAGAUGAAGAGGAAGAAAUUCCAGUCAAGUCAAGGAAGAAGAAAAAGGCCAGUUUUACGAGGAAGAAAUGGACAGUAGCAGAAGAAGAAGAAAUAAAGAAGAGGUUUGCAGGUUUUCUUGCACGAGAUAAGUGUCCUGGUCAAAAAGACGUUGAGAAAGUGAUGGCCCAAAGCAAGAAAUGUGGUGGUCUACUGCAUGCACGACCAAGAGACAAUAUUAAGAAAAAAGUCAGCUGCAUGCUGGUUAAAGCUAGAAAAAAUAAUAAUGAUUUGUAAUGAUGUAAUUGAAUCAUUCCGAAAAAUACCUCAUAUUGCAUGUGAAAAGAGCUUUAAGAGUUAUUCUCUAUACCAAGGCGCUUUAAACUUAUUUGUAUUUUUUUUCAUAUUGUUAUGUUACCAAAGGUUAAGGUCAUUGUAUAUAUUCAAUUUGUUCAAGGGUUGUGUUAGAUUCUUUGUAAAAAUGAAAGAGGUAUAUCUAGACUUUUAAUUGACAAAACCAAAUGGAAGUUACAAUUCAAUAUUAUAAUUAGCAUUGAAAACGCGAUAAAAAGUUCCCAUUAUUUCAAGUACAUGUUUAAUGCGAAAAAAUAGUCAGUUUUAUGUAUUUUUGUUAAAUAAAUGAUCAGUUGUUUUGACCCAUCUUUUAGUAUGAUCACCUAUAAUUGUGACCAACUUUCACAAAUAUUAAAAACAGAGAAACUCGAAUUCUUCUUUCAGUUCAACAUGUGUGAAAAUAUAGUGAAUAUUUUUUUCACUUCUUGUUGACCAGGAAACUACUUGAUUGUUUACUUUUGCUCACUGAUUACUGUAGUUAUUAGCACUGGUGAUGAUUAUUGCACUUCCUGUUCAUUACAUAUUUUUGCUGUUUUGGUUUUGUACAUGUACAAAUGCAUCAUUUCUGAAAGAUAGUACAUGUACUAUUAAAAGUGAAAAUGGUAUUUAUUACUAGAUUUAAAAUAUUUCAUUUUAACUUUUUGACUUGCACUUACUUUUGAUAGAUAAUAUCAUUUUUUUUUAAAUUGUCUAUAUUUAGAAUAACACAACAAAAACUUGGUAGAAGGUUAUUCAAGGAAAUAGUCCGAAAUACCCUUACAUCAUGAAUAGAAUUUUUUUGAAGAACAAGACUGUGGAAUAGUUGAAAGAAAACAACAAUGCAGUAUUGCCACAUGUACAUUUUUUUCAUGUGUUCAUGACAUCCUUUUUAUGUGCUCUCUUAAAAGAUGUUACAUCAUCUGCUGUUAACACUUUCAACAUGUUCAAAUUAUGCUACUUUUAUUGAUGUUUUGGGAAGAAAAUUUUAUUAAUAGAUUAGAACUAGAGUACACAAACAUUUUAUUCAAUAAUUGGUUAAAAUAUUAAAGAUAUGUUUAUCAUGAUGGAAAUAAUGAUUGAAAAGAGAUCAUAUUUACCAUAAAAACCUGGUUUUUGUAGAUCUUGAUAAUGUGACCCUUAAAAUAUUUAAUUUUUAACUAAAGAACACUUUUUCAUUCAUAAUUAUUAAUGUUCAUUGCGCUUUCAUCAAAGGGAUGAGAAAGUGUUUUGCUCAUUAUGUUACUUGUAUGCUCGCAUGCAUAAUUUGUAGAGAUAUACAUUAAACUAUUAAAUUAUGUGAAAAUUA